UUUUGCAAGACAGAAUAGUUUAGGCUACAUGUUGUUAAAUAUGUUGAAUGUUGAAUGAUCACUUGAGCGUAUGUGUAAAUGUAGAAGUUACAUUUACAUUAGUCCUCUUGUGUCCUUCAGAAGUUCCUGCAUCUUAAAACAUCGGGAGGAAGCAGUCACAGAAGAGAAAGAAUUGAAACUCAAAAUAGCAAAUGGCCUCAAUCGGACAGGGUGUUCAGUUUAUGGAUGACCACAGAGCAGAGCUCAUUCAGAGGGUCACCAAUGUUAUGCCCCUGGCUGACGAACUGCUCUCUGAGGGCAUGCUACAUAGCGAAGCCUACAAUGAGAUCAGCGCAGAAAGCACCAGACAGGGGAAAAUGAGGCACAUUUUUGAUGCCGUAUAUGGAGUGGACCAAAAAAAGUAUUUUCUAUACCAGUGGCUACAAAAGUUUGAAUCACAUCUGAUGAAAGAGCUGGAAAGCAACACUGGUACUCACAUGAAAAGGCAUUUGCCGUCUAUUUCUGGUGCUUCUAGUAAGAUCCAGGAGAAAAGAGGGAGGUUCCCAGGUCAAACUAUCAAUGAGUACAAGGAGACACUGCGCACAGAUUAUGACACAUUUGAAGAGUAUAACCCCCUUCCUUGUGAAGAAGUUCCACUGACUGAUCGCUACACAAAGCUGCUGAUUGUUCAACGGCACCGUAAGGAGGAGGAAAAAGAGGAGGAGCUUCGUUCCAGGGGCCUGAAGCACAGUGAGGUCCUCAGCUCCAGAUGUGAUAAAGAUGGCAGCAGCACCAGUGUUGAACAGCUGUUCCAUCCUGAUGAUCGUGGACGCAUUCCAAAAGCAGUCAUUCUCCAGGGUGAUUCUGGACAUGGCAAAUCCUUUACGGUUCAGAAGAUUGUUUACGACUGGGCUUGUGGGAACCUCUUCCAGGGUCAAUUUGAGCUUGUGCUUCACUUGAAGUGCAAAGAGCUCAAUCUUUUGUCAGGGGAGAAGAAUGUGAUGCAGCUCCUGGAUUGCAGCUCUGAGUUUGCACCUGUGAUUGAAGAAAUGCUGUUAAACACACCACAGAAGGUGCUCUUCAUCAUUGAUGGCUUUGAUGAACUUAGAUUCUCACUGGAUGACAACACAAAGUCCCCGUCUGAUGCCUUCACGUCUGCACCAGUUGAAGCCACCCUGAGUGCUUUGUUGCAAGGGCGCAUCCUGCACAAAUCGUUCCUUCUAGUCACCACCAGGUCCACAGCCUCAGACAAACUGAGCACGCUACUCCGAGGCCCGAAGCGUUUCACUGAGAUUCUGGGCUUCUCAGAAACAGCAGUCAUGGAGUAUUUCAAAAGGUUCUUUACAGACACCCAUUUGUCAGAUGAAGCGUACAAGUAUGUGAAGGCUGACAUAAUGCUCUCUACUGCCUGCUCCAUCCCUGUUAUAUGUUGGAUUGUCUGCACAACUUUCAGGGUGCAUUUUGAGGACAGCAAGGGGAAUAUGAAGGGGCUUGAAACCACCACCUCCAUAUUCUUACAGUUUGUGUCCCUUUUGCUGAAGCAUCACUGUCAGGGCUUAAAUCAGCCUGCCAUCACUCUGCUGAGGAGCCUUGCCAAGCUGGCAGAGAGGGGAAUACUAAAGAAACAAGUUCUUUUGGAGGAGAAGUGUGUUUUGGAGGUUUCUUCUGAUCCUACAAGCAUUCCGUUUUUAUGCAAGUUCCUCAGGAAGAAGAAAACUGGAGUGAAGACCAUGUACAGUUUCAUGCACCUCAGCUUCCAGGAGUUUUUCACUGCUCUUCACUACCUUAUCACUGAUGAUGAAAAAGCUCGAAGAAAGCUUGAAAAUAGGCUUCCCUAUGAUCAUCACACAUUCACUGAUGAGCCAGACCAACUUAAACUUCCAGACAUGUACUACAGUGACUUUCUUCCUGUGAUCCCAUUUCUCUUUGGCCUUUCUAAUAAGGAGGAAGCAACGUUCAUUAAGCAACAUUACAACAUUUCUGUCUCACCAACCAUUCGUGAUUCUCUGGAGACAUGGAUCCUAAAAAUAAUUGGUGAUGGGAAUGAUCUAUUGCGUCUGGGCGAAUUUAUCCUUUACUGUCUUUAUCAGCUACAUGAUGAGCAGUUUGUGCAGAAGGCCAUUCAAUCUUGGGGAUUUAUUGAUUGUUCUCUCUAUGUUGUUACUAGUGACAUGGCCUGUUGGGUGCUCAGAUAUUGCAUCCUCUGCUGUCAUCGUAUCAAAGGUCUUGCUGUUUCUAUUGACACCAAAGAAAAGCUCAAGAUGCUUCAACCUGCAUUGCCCUGCUGUGAGCAGCUACGGUUGACACUUUAUGAUCUGGAGGAUGUUGAUGUUGACAGUCUGAUCUUAGCCCUGGAGGACAGAACAGUUGUCUCUAAACUAGGAAUAGUUAGAUGCAAUCUCAGUGAACAGAGUUUCCAACAGAUUCUCACUCUUAUGAGUAACCAGCAUUCACUGCAACAUAUUUCACUAUCAGUGAAGACCAUCACCUCCAGUGUUGUUGCUGCCUUUGAACAAUUUGUCCACCACAAAGAGAUUAAAGAGUCCAAACUCGAGUCCGGUGAUGAAGACAGUUGCUACUCAUCUCUCUCCAUCCAGAGCACCGAGGGUUCAAGCAGGAGCUACAGAUUCAAAUUGUGUGGCCUGGAGGAUGAUGUUGUCGAUGGUAGGAUCUCAGCCCUGGAUGAAACAACACUUGUCACUGAGCUAACAAUAAUUAGAAGCAGUCUUAGUGAAGAGAGUUUCCAAAAGAUCCUCAUUCAAGUCAGUAAACAACAUUCACUGCAACAUAUUUCACUAUCAGUGAAGACCAUCACCUCCAGUGUUGUUGCUACAUUUUUACAAUUCAUCCUGAAAAAAGAGAUUGAUGUGGCCAGGCUCGAGUCAUGUGAUAAGGACAGUUGCUGCUCAUCUCUAUUUAUUCAGAGAGACAAGGAAGGUAACAGGAGCUACAGGAUUACUGCUGGAUACUUUCACCAUCCUGAAAUUGCAAGAACGAUAGUAAUUCCUUGCGGUACACAGAAGCCCUAUGAAAAACCCCCUAUGCAGCCAGACCCUGCCCUCUCCCUCAGCUUCUCAGAAUCCACAGAGACCUCAGGCACUGUCUGGAUCGGGAUAUUACAGAGGUUUCACACAUUAAAGAAAUUAACCCAAAGCAGUCCUGAUUCCCCUGGGGAAAUGGAAGCUUUGCUGUCUUCUCUGCACUCCACACCUCAUCUGACUGCAUUAAACGUAGAGGUGACCUGUUUGGACAUGAGCUGGGCUGUUUGGACUCUUUCACUCUACCACACUUGCCCUGGUUUGGCUGUCAGUGUGAUCGAGCAGGUCUGGGGCAAUGAACAAAGUGUCUGUUCAUGGAUCUCCAUAGAAAAAAACAAAGAUGAAACAGCUUCAUGUGGUUUGUACACACUCUCUUUUAGAAACUUCACUGCUCUCUCAGAUGUGAUCUUUAAAGACUCCACACCACCACCAAAUCCAGCCCUCAACAAAAUCAAACUCACGCUACCACAGUCCUCAGAGAUGUCCAGCUUCGACUGGGAAGACAUCCUGCUGAAGCUUCACCUGAUGAGAAACAACAAAGAAAAUCCAACACUAGAUGAGCAUCAGGGUGCUUUUUUCACUUCCCUGCACAGUCUCCCUGUUCAGAUGCUUUUUAUGGAAGUGCCCUGCCUUACAGACACUUGGGCUCAAAGAAUUGUCUCCCUCGUUCAGAUGUGUCUCAGCAUAAAACAGUUACACCUGCAUGUAGGUACUGUUGGGCAGUGGGAGCGGCCAUAUGGCCUCUUACUAGAAAAUGUAAUCCAACUGCUGAAGAACUCAAAUACACGUUCAGAUUGCACUAUCAAGAUUGAGGGUGUCCGAUGCAAGAAGACCACAGAUCAGUGCACAGAUAAUGAGAACCAUCGGCGCUGCAACCAGGAUAUGACAAUCACAAUUGAGGGAGAAGCUGUGCAAGAGGAUUGGCCAGAUAUGUUUGAUGAGUAUAAUGAUUAUGAUGAUGAUCCUGAUGAUUAUUUAGAUUAUUAUGAGCAUGAUGAUUUGAACUCUGAGUAUGAUGAUUGGAACUCUGUCUGGGACAGUGAGGAUAACACCAUGGCCAGACCAUCUGAAGAUGAGCAGGGUGGAGAUGAGGAUGCAGGGUAGAUGUUCUCCUCACACGUUUGUUUAGCCAAGCAGUUUAUCUUCUCAUUUACUGAAACACACACACACACACACACACACACACACAUAUUAUAUGAAUAUGAAACACAUAAUACAGACAGAAGUGUUUGUUUUCUCUUUUUAUCUCAUUCAGGCUGCAGUAUCCCAUGUCCAUUUUCAUUACAUUGUUGUCAAUAUACUGUAAAUGUUGAGAAUAAAAUAUAAUGUUUAUUGCUAUACAGUUUCUGGAGAUUGAGUACCUACCAGUAACUUCAUUGUCACAGUGACCUAAGAAUAUCUUUUCCCAGUUCCCUGAGCAGCAGUGACAACAGCAGUCUGUCUGUGUAUUCUACAGUAGUGAUGGGUGAAAUCUGCCUGUAUAACUUGCAGAACACACUGCCAUGCCUUCAUGGCAUCAGAGAUCUUUUCUCAGUUUCAGUAAGGUAUAUAAGGAAAGAGCAUUUACUUCACUGUAUAUAACAAUACAUUACAAAUUGUGGUAUUGAUGGGAGUAAAGAAAUGUAAUUGGUUAUGAUGUUACUGGCCAAUGUAAUUGGUUAUCAAGAGAGCAUGUUUUAAAUGUUAUUGAUCGUUGUGUGAAAAGGGUUCAUUAGAACCCACUGCGCAAAGAUACUGUAUGUCCAAUUUUGGUUCCCUGAAGGUG